UCCUGCCUCGACGCACCUUCAGCUUCGAGAUGGGCAAAUUAACGAGUACCAUUGGUAUUCCCAUCAAGCUCCUCAACGAGGCGCAAGGCCACGUCGUUACGCUAGAAAUUUUGUCCGGGCAAGUCUACCGAGGAAAGCUACUUGAAGCCGAAGACAACAUGAACGUCCAGCUUAAAGACAUUACUGUCACGGCUCGCGAUGGCCGUGUUUCGCAUCUUGACCAGGUCUAUAUUCGGGGAAGCCAUGUGAGAUUCUUCAUUGUACCAGAUAUGCUGAGAAAUGCGCCCAUGUUCCGGUCAAGAGGUCAACGCGGUAGAGGUGUUGGGCUAGCCAGAGGCAGAGCAACUGUGAAUAGGGCUCGGGGUCAACGGAGGGGUUAAAUUGCCGUUGUUUUUCUCACAUUAAUCAUUGGUGUUUUCUCUUCGAAUUCUAUUUUUACGGAUAUAUGAAAACUUGCAUGAAUGCAGCCUUUUUUCAAGGCCGACCGCUUCCGCUGGACCAUGCACGCCAUGACUCUGAAGUCCUUCCUGCUAUAUUGUUCAUAUGGCUUGAUUCAAAAAUAUGUACAAGAAGGAUAUAUGAGCCUAGCAAAUUGGAGGCAGUAUAGAUGCAUUUUGCUACGUGGUGGUGGGCUUGUUCAUUCGUUCACGGCGUUAAAUGCGGGUGGACAUAUUUA